AUGAAGGCGAGUUGUGCAGGAGACAAGAUCAAGUAUGCGAUCACGGCAUGCGGACAAGCCUUUGGUAUCAAAGUGGCCCGAGGUAUCUCACAUUGUACAGCAGGUCGCGCGAAGCAGGAGGCAGGUGUAUACGGUUUGAUGCAGCUAGGGAGGGAGAUCAGCAAUGCACCCGCUUUCGGAGAGAGUACAGAUGGUACCACACACCGCAAGAUUACGUAUGAAGCGAGGCACAUUACACUCGCUGUACCUAAAGUUGCUCCUGCGCUCGAUCAUACUGCACAACGCCAAUUCAAGGGCUCACAGCAGCUGGCGGAGAAAAUCUCGCAGACCUAUAGCAACAGUCCUCUGGCCACUCAUGAAGGACAGUCUAUGGAAACUAAUGAUUGGAUACGCAAACAAGUGAUGCAGAACAUGGAUCAUGCAGCAGACGGGAAGAAGAAAUUCAAGCUGUGUCAAGAUUGGAAAGAGGACGUGACACACCGUGACCUUGGACGUGAACGGAUGGAUGUUCUGUCGUCGGCAGAGCUUGUGACGGCCAUAUGUUCUAUCUCAGCAGAUGACAUUCGCCAGGUUGCUGGUGAUGCAACAGAGUUGUCACUGGAGGAAAAGAGCAAGAUUAGGCUCAGACUACUAGAGAGGCAACUUGGUGACAUCUCUUUUAAUGAACUCCCCUCGACUCAACAACGUCUCAUUGAUCUCUUCAUCUUCGGUGGUUGUUGUGGCCACAAGAAUCUCAAUGCAUUCAAGUAUGGUGUUGUCGCGAUGGGAAUGAAAUGGGAGAACAUGGAGCUUCCACCACCAGUCCUCCUUGCAAACAAGGCUAAUGAUGCUGUUAUCAAACUUGGCCAGAAUGCAGAUAGUGCCGCUGUGCAACGUGCUAUGGACUCCAGUGCUCAUGGUGGCAUCAAGCUUACAGCUCUUGCAGGGGCACUCUUUCGACACAAGAAUGAUGACACAGGAUAUCAGGACCGACAUCGCAUCUUCAUGGCAUUGUGA